CACGCGCCCGCCCGACGCGUCCCGAACGCGUCGCUGCUUCACCACGUAUCCCUCAACUUCACCCACAAUCGCCGAGACUCACCGCCAACUGUACUUCUACUGUACUCAAACCCACCAAAGUCACGCAUCAGUCUAUGAACCACUCUUGAAGAGCCAUGGAGGCUCCGACUCCUCUCCCUGUUAUCCUCGCGUCCCCUCAGAAACGUCCCCACGAUGACGAAGCUGAGCCAUGCGUCUCAACCCCCAAUCGCAAUUCUCCUUCGAACGCAUCCACGCCGCUUUCUGUAAUGUCCUCGAUGCAAACACCGUCACCACUGAAGCGGACCCCUGCCGGGACGCACACGCCGUCAAGUAGCGCCGCUCCUUCUUCAACUCAACCAGCGCCAGCUUCCAGCAACGACCAACAAUCAGCGAAGCGGAGGAAGUUCACACAACAAGAGAAGGAAGAACAGGCCAAAGAGAAAGAGGCGAAGGCCAAAGCACGCGCUGAGAAGAAAGCCCAAAAGGAAGCAGAGGAGAAGCUGAAGGCAGACCAAAAGGCGCAGCGGGACGAAGAGAAGCGCAAGAAGAAUGAGGAGAAAGAAGAGAAGAAGCGCGUCAAGGAGCUGAAGCAGCAACAAGAGGAGGAAGAAAAGAAGAAGAAAGAACGAUCGCAGAUGAGGUUGAAUGCGUUCUUCUCCAAGCCCAAGGGUGUUGCAGAGCCCACGGGUAAUACCACGGUAGAGCCCGUCCAGAAAUCCUGCACUGGUCAAACAUGGUUAUCUUCGGACCCUGUCGAGACUAUUGCUAACGCAGCGCCCCCAUCGCCACAGAAGGCUAUAGUUCGGAAUGGACAGUCGGAUUACGAACGCGUCUUCCUUCCAUUUUCUCUUCCACCCACCGGUAUUCUCGCGCCACUGAACGCGUUUCAUAGCAAACCGGAGGAUUUGGCCGCUGCCCAGGCACGCUUAGACGAUAUCGUGGCACACAAGGAUGUCGGGAUGGAGCCUGUGACGGUGGAAAGCAUUCGAUCCAUCUUCCCGAAGUGUCACCGUGGCCUUGAGACGACGACAAUGGCUGAGAUUGUCGACCGCAUCAAUGGUUCAGCUGACAAUCCAAUUAACCUGGCCGAGGAUCCCAACAUAAAGCCGCUUGACCUACUGAAGCAGGUCUCCAUGAAAUAUCUACACUUCGGCGAGGACGUUCGGCCGCCCUACUUCGGGACCUACACGAAGCAUCAUGAUCCAGAGCGGGAGCGCAAGGUUGCGCGAAAUCCAACCUUUCGCGGCCUUACUGACCUUAAUUACGACUACGAUUCAGAGGCCGAGUGGGAAGAACCAGGUGAGGGUGAGGAUCUUGAUUCUGAAGGUGAAGAGGAUCUCGAAGAGGAAGGCGAGGAGGACCUGGAUGGCUUCCUUGACGACGAGGAUGACCCAGAGGUCAAGCGCCGGCUACUCAAUGGCGACCAAGAGCCUGUUAGCACUGGUCUCUGUUGGGAAGACGCGCGCGGCGUAUCUCGAUUGAAUGACGGCUCUGGCGCAAUCUCAACAGAGUUCAAGGACUUCAGAAUGGGCUUCCUACUACAAACUCAAGCACCCAUCGAUCCUUUCUCGGACUCCUACUGGGCACCCGAUGUCCCCGUCUCUCGAGCGUCCAUCCAAGCACUCAUUAAGGCCGACCAGUCCAGCGGAUCGAUGAACCCACCUCGUCUUCCACUCACCGCUCGCCCGGCUAACGUAAACGGUCUCAUGAACACUCUCAACGGCCCUAAAAAGCCGUCUCCCGCACUCGAUGCAAAGACUGGAAAGGCCAAGCGAAUGAUAGAUGCCAGCCUCCUACCUGCUUUCAAAGCAGAGGUUGCCGGCUCGGAUCUCACGAAGAUUGGCAUGAUCGAAGCUUUGAAGAAGAAAUUUCCUAAGGUGCCCAAGGACGCUAUCACCAAUACACUUACGGAUGUUGCUCAACGUAUUGGCCCUUCAGCGGCCGAGAAGCGUUGGGUGUUGUUUAACUAAAUACUCAUGUGUAACAUCUGCAUUAUUACUUUUAGCAUGGCGUAGGAUGGGACCGCGAUGGCGUUACAUGGACAUUUUCACUGGCGGUGCGCAAACGGGUAUGGGAGAUUGGCGCAGGUUCCGGUGUGCAAGCAUUGCAUAUGCGUCAAGCGUUAAGCGUCUUGAAGCGUUUCAUCAUCUUUCCACAACGCUCUCAGAAGAAGAUGCGGAAACUAUUCGAACGGCGGAUAUUUUGGGC